AUGCAUUCUCUGGCCUCCAUAGCCCGCAAUCAUUGGGGGUAUGGCAGUGUGGCAUGUCGGCUACUUUACAUUGCGGUCCUUGAACCUAUCCUGAUUUACGGUUCGGAGGUUUGGGGAACAUCCAUCACCAAGGUUCACAUUAGGAGAAAGCUCCUUUCGGCUCAGACGCUUGCCCUCAUUACAAUAACCAAAGCCUACAAGACAGCCCCGACCGACGCACUCUUGGCAAUUGCUAACCUAAUCCCAAUAGACAUUGUCAUCAAAGAGAAAGUUUGGACGUUUCAUCAGCUUCAGCUGUCCACUGGCACCGUUACUACCAAUCGCUUUAACAACAUCAUUAGUCAGAUUGGUGUAAGCCCAGCUGCAACAUGCAUUUCUGAUCACUUGUCUAAACACAAGCUCGACUACAAUCCUCGGCAUUUUGCCCACCAUCCUAGCACCACUAUUGAUGAACUGUUCACUCUGGGGGGUGCUGAUGCCCCUAUCGGCCUCUGUAUAUAUACAGAUGGGUCAAAAUCUGACGCGGGGGUGGGGUGCUCAGUCGUCGUGGCAAACAACAACAGAUACAUCCACCAGGCUCGGUUUAGGCUGGCUAGCCAUUGCACUGUUAACCAAGCCGACUCCCUGGCCAUCUACAAGGCUUUACUUUGGAUCACGGAAAAUAAGAAGGCUUUUAAAAUCACUAGGGUUACGAUCCUAAGUGACAACCGUGUUGCUCUGUUGCAACUUAAGAAACUUAAUACUAAACUGUCAAUAAUUCAAGAUAGCAUCAAUCUUCUGCUCACACUACCCCACACAGUAUAUUCAUCAAGCUUUCCUGGGUGA